UACCCUAGCGGCACCCGUAGAAAAAGGCAGAGGUUUUUUUUGGCGCUCGCGCAGCAGCAACAUUCUGCACCACACGCGGGUGAGAAGAGAACGAAGUUGCUUGCUCGCUUUCUCCGUCGUUCAUUCUACAUCAGCUUUUUAUUGAUUUGCAAGAUGAAAACCUCCUCCCCUCUUGUUUCGCAGCCAAACAUGGGUAAAAAGCAGAAUGGCAAAGGGAAGAAGGAAGUAUUGGAGGCAGAGCCGCCAGAGGAGUAUGUUGUGGAGAAGGUGAUGGACCAACGCAUUGUCAACGGGAAGGUGGAAUUCUUCCUCAAGUGGAAGGGAUUUACAGAGGCGGAUAACACUUGGGAGCCAGAGGAUAACCUGGAUUGUCCAGAGCUGAUCUCGGCUUUCUUGGAAGCACAGAAGACCGUGGUGGAGAAUCCUGACUCCAACAAGAGGAAGUCUUCAACAGAUGAGCCAGAGACAGAGGGAAACAAAGCCAAGAAGAAGAAGGAUGUGAGUGACAAGCCGCGGGGCUUUGCCAGGAGCCUGGAUCCAGAGAGGAUAAUUGGUGCUACAGACAGCAGUGGAGAACUUAUGUUCUUGAUGAAGUGGAAAGACUCCGAUGAGGCGGACCUGGUCCCGGCCCGCGAGGCCAACACCCGUUGCCCUCAGGUGGUCAUCUCCUUCUACGAGGAGAGGCUGACCUGGCACUCCUGUCCUGAGGACGAGGCCCAAUAGCACCCGUUCCUCAACCAACUGAUGUCCCUUGUGCCCCCCCCCCCAGACCUUCGACCCCGUCCCUGUUCCUGCCUCUCAGGACUGUUCAUGUCUCCACUUUUUUGUUGUCAUUUACAGCAUGUUUAGCCAUAGUAUUAGUGCAGAGCAGUCAGGUGAAAGUCUGUGCUUUUGUACGCGUUUUUAGUGAUAGGAUGAUAUUUACUGGGAAUAAGACCGGUGAGGAGAAAUGGAUGGGUGAUUUGUCGCUUUUUAAUGAACCUAUUCCUCAUCCAGUACUGGUAGGGACUGGUUCCUCAACUGAUAUGUAGUUACUGUUGGAAAUGUACAUCUUGUAUAAUCCAUGUAGUUUGACAUCUUCUCCCUCACAUUCAGCUAGUUUCUUUUUUUCCAUCUCCCCCAUGUUGCAUACUUGAAUCCCUUGAACAGCAUGUCUUUUGCUGUAUAUUCACUUUGUAAAUAUUUUUUCAAAAAGCUGUUCAAUAAAGGUUUAUAUGCUUCAUUUUACCACC